CGCAUGUCCAACGCCGAAGACUUGCGACCAGAACUUGAUCGACGAGUCAAGGAUGUCACGGAAGUCCUCGACGUACCCGAACCAGCCGCAAUGGUACUACUCAGCCAGUACAACUGGAGCAAGGAAGAAUUGUUGGAAGCGUACAUGGCCAACGCCGACAAACUACUGAAAGCACACGGUGUCUACCGUCGCUGCGGACAUGCGCUAAAUCCGCCGUCCAAUCGGACCAAGUCUUGCGCAAUCUGCUACGAUGAUGACGUGGACGAAAUGCUCGCCAUGCCCUGUGGACACGAAUUUUGCCUCGACUGCUGGCACGACUUUUCCGUCGCCGCCAUUGCCGAAGGCCCCGUGUGCAUCAACACCACGUGUCCACACGCGGGAUGUCCCGAAAAAGUUACCGCCAUCGAAUUCGAACGGUCCCUGGGGAAACAGCACGUGGACUACCAAAAAUUCCUUACCUACCAAAUUCGAUCCUUCGUCGAAUCCAACGGAUUGUCACGCUGGUGUCCGGGAGCGGGUUGCGAGCGUGUCGCGUGUGCGGUAUCUGCGGCCGCCAUGGAGUCGGAAGGGAGCGUGGCCACCUGUGAUACCUGUGCGACCUCCUUUUGUUUGCGCUGCGGCCAGGAACCACACGCUCCGGCCAGUUGUCCCGAAAUCGCUCUGUGGAUGGAAAAAUGUCGGAACGAGUCCGAAACCGCCAACUGGAUUUUGGCCAACACCAAAUCGUGUCCCAAAUGUAUGUCGCGGAUUGAAAAGAACCAAGGCUGCAAUCACAUGAGCUGCCAACGCUGUAAAUACGAAUUUUGCUGGAUUUGCAUGGGCGACUGGAGUGAACACGGGGCCAACACGGGCGGCUACUAUAAAUGCAAUAAGUAUGAUUCCGACCAACCAUCGAGCAGCGGCCCGGUAGAUCAGUCCGAUGCUGCUAAGGCCAAACGGGACCUGGAUCGUUACUUGCACUACUACAAACGCUACCACGCACAUUCGGAAGCUCAGGCGUUUGCCAGAAAGCAAUUGAAAGAAACGGAAGGCCGCAUGGUGCUUUUACAGGAAUCGUCAGACAACGGGAAGUGGUCGGACGUGGAGUUUUUGAAAACAGCCAAUGAACAGUUGGUGGAAUGCCGCCGUGUUUUGAAGUACACCUACACUUUUGCAUACUACUUGGAUCCGCGGCUAAAAAUGCAACGGGAACGAUUCGAGCAUCAUCAAGAAAUGCUGGAGCGCUUCACCGAAAAUUUAUCGGAACUUUCGGAAAGACCC